AUGACGGAAGAUAGCACAUUUGCUUACGCUGGAUGUGCUAUCACAGGCAAACCUCCUGUGAUUAUUCCGUUAAAAAGGCAAGUGUGCUUUGAAAGUAAUAGGUUAAAAGAGCUGUAAUGAGUACAGUGGAGAUAACACUUUAAUUGUUAUGGUAAUAGUAAUAUUAUAACUUCUGU